GUGUGGAGGGAUGUUUUGUUUCCACACGGAGACGCCAUACCGACGCUCUUCGAUAUUACAGUAUAUAAUAAUAUAUUUAGACCAGUUAUUCCUUAAGUUGUAUCAUGAUCGAGAUGUAAAGUAGCAUCGUCGCAUCUGCAGGUCACCAACAAUAUACUGAUGUGUCUCUUAACCCUACAUCGGAUAUGUAAAGCUGGACUGUCGGCGGGCAUGAACGUGUCGAGAUUCUGCAUGCGGACCUUCUCGGCCAGGUCGCUGGCGGUAAAAUGUCACCAAAAGACAAUACAAGUGCCUCGCUGGGGACAGUGGAGAGCCGCCCCUUCCAUCACCUGGCACCCCCCUGCACCCCACUCCAUCCCAGCGCAGAACAUGGCCUGUAUCAAGACACAGCUCAGACAUCUCUCAACUGGAAACAAGGACCGGUUAGAUCUGCAGGAAGCGCAGAGCCAGCGCGGUGCAGAAAAGUACACUCUCAUCUACAAGCUGCCGGCCAUCAAGCUCCUGCGAGCCCUUUCCAGGCUGAAGCUGCUUCAGACGGGGAUCACCACGGCCCUGCUCCCCGCUGUGUGCUACCUGUACCUGGAGGGGCAGGUGUCCUCCUCCCUGCUCACCUACACCGCUGGAAUAGCCUCCUUCGCGGCUGUCAUGCUUUACUCCAUGAGUCACUACCUCCGCAGGGUCAUCGGCAUGAUGUACCUCAGCGACUCCAGAGCCACGCUGAAGGUAUCUCAUCUAACCUUCUGGGGCCGGCGGCAUGACCUCUACCUGCCCGUGUCGGAGGUGAUGACGCUGGGGGACACGGGCGACUCCAGGAACGAGACGCUGCUGCAGCUCAGGCUCUCCAAGCACUGUGACGUGCUGUACUUCUCCACCAGGCUGGGGCAGGUCGUGGAUAGGGAGAGGUUUGCAGAAGUCUUCGGGAGCGUUCCGUGAAACGCACAGUUUGUGAAAGAACGGAAUCGUGGUGUGCGAGUCUUGCUAAUGUGUGAAUCUACAGACUCAGCAAUGUGUGUGUGUUUUUUUUUUUUAAUACAAAUAAACAUAAUUAAAGUCCACAUUUUCUGAAUAUAAUUUUGUUUUUGUGAACCUUAUCUAUCCAUCAGGAGAUUGCCCUGCCAAGACUGAAAAAAAAAAAAAACUCAAAACAUAUGAAUUAUAAACACAGAUAAGGAAACUUGUUGUCCUUUGUCCCAGAUAAGAGAUGUGUUUUUUUUUUAAAGCAAAGACCACACCAUUAUAGCAUCCCUCACCUCAGAUACACAGAAUUACAAUAAGGUUUAUUUCACAAUACUGUUACAUUUAUUUUUCUGUCACAAGAAUAAAGACCUGGAUUUUAAUAGGUUACAUCCACAGUUGGCAGUUUAGUAAACAUCAAUGGCAACGUUUUCAUUAAUCUCUUCUUGACAGAGUUACGAAACCUUUUCACAAAGUCUUACAUGAACUAGCUUGAGCUUCAGUUACGACCUUCACAUUCACCACAAUUACAAAAUGUCAGUAAACAUUACGAAAAAAAAAAAGGAAAAGACACUUGCCAAUUGCCCUUCUGACUGUCAUGUGCACCUGAUCAGCAAGCUUCACGUUGCAUAAACAGUUAAGACAUUAUAAACUAUGCAUUUCGAAGACGCGACUGAAGAGAACGGUACCAUCGCUGAGAAGUUCAGUCUCAUGAUCCGGUACAGCUGUGCAAAGGUGUGGGGUCGAAACGUGUGCAUGUUAUUUGUGUUUAAAAUGUUAAUGCAGAAUGUGCAUGUAUGGGUUUAUAUAGACCCUAUACACUGUACUAUAUAUACACAUGUAACUACAACUAGGGCAUUACAGUCAGUUAUCAAACACAACAAAAAUAACUGCAGAUAGACCCGCUGGUUUGAAUAGUCCAAGCCCAUUAAAGAUGAAGGGGAGGGGUGUGGAAGAUCCUGUCUGAUGGGAGUCACGUUGUAUUUCCAUGACUCACAGCUUGAAAGACCAUCUCCCUUAUCACCCUUACCUUCGCUCGUCUGGUGAAGGGGCACGUUUAGGGACAGAAGGCUAAACAGAAGAAACCAUGCAAUGAUGUUCAUAACCUCCUGUGAAUAAAUGCUUUUAAUAAUACAGCAGGGUGAGAAACUUGCACUAUCAUUCCUCCACUACAACUAUAUGAACACCUCCUCACAGUAAGCCCUCAGACUCAGAUGAGACUCGUGUGUGCUGUGAUGAGGCUCCAGUGGCGUUAGCAAAGGCGUGAUCGCUCAGAUUCCUGGCACGUGCUCAUUCAGUAAUAUCACAGGGAUGGGAACAAGUGUAUUAUACUGUUCACUUAAACUGCGUGUAGAGUGCAUUAUACUGUUCACUUAAACUGCAUGUAGAGUGCAUUAUACUGUUCACUUAAACUGCGUGUAGAGGGCGUUAUACUCUUCACUUAAACUGCGUGUAGAGGGCGUUAUACUCUUCACUUAAACUGCGUGUAGAGUGC